AGAGCGUAACGCACGUUUUGGUUUUGUCCGUUAUCGCCAUUGGAACUUUGCAGAGGGGUAGAUAUCUCUAAGUUGUCAGCGUCGACACUGUGCCUCUGGUCACAUUGCCACAACAUGUAUCGUCCCAAACCGACUCUGAAGGACCGACAGCACCUGUACAGGCUCAUCAUCAGCCAACUGCUCUACGAUGGUUACACCAACAUCGCCAACACUCUCAUCAACGAGGUCAAGCCACCGACCGUAGUGUCUCCUUCUGAGCAGCUGAUGCAGCUGGCAAAGAUAGGGAUGGAGAAUGAUGACAGUGCAGUUCAGUAUGCCAUUGGGCGUUCAGAUACAGUGGCACCUGGAGUGGGUAUCGAUUUGGAAUUUGAUGCUGACGUCCAGACAAUGUCCCCAGAGGCAUCAGAGUAUGAGACCUGCUAUGUUACGUCUCAUAAGGGUCCGUGUCGCGUUGCCACCUACAGUCGCGAUGGCCAGCUCAUCGCCACUGGCUCUGCUGAUGCCUCCAUAAAAAUCCUAGACACUGAACGCAUGCUGGCCAAGAGUGCCAUGCCCAUUGAGGUGAUGAUGAAUGAGACCGCUCAGCAAAACAUGGAGAAUCACCCCGUGAUUCGGACACUCUAUGACCACGUUGACGAAGUCACUUGUCUUGCCUUCCAUCCGACUGAACAGAUCCUAGCUUCUGGCUCAAGAGAUUACACCCUCAAACUGUUUGAUUACUCAAAGCCAUCAGCAAAAAGAGCAUUUAAAUAUAUACAGGAAGCAGAAAUGCUGCGUUCAAUCUCCUUCCACCCAUCAGGCGACUUUCUGCUGGUUGGAACACAGCAUCCCACUCUCCGCCUCUACGAUGUCAACACCUUCCAGUGCUUUGUGUCCUGCAACCCACUGGACCAGCACACAGACACCAUUAGUGGCGUCAGCUACAACCACUCAGCCAACAGCUAUGUCACCUGCAGCAAGGAUGGCAGCAUCAAGUUGUGGGAUGGCGUUUCCAACCGCUGUGUGACCACCUUCGACAAGGCACACGACGGCGCUGAGGUCUGUUCUGCCAUCUUCUCCAAGAACUCCAAAUACAUCCUGUCCAGUGGCAAAGACUCAGUGGUGAAGCUGUGGGAGAUCUCUACAGGCCGGACGCUGGUCAAGUACACAGGAGCAGGCUUGAGCGGUCGCCAGAUGCACCGCACACAGGGCGUGUUUAACCACACGGAGGACUACGUGCUACUGCCAGAUGAGCGCACCAUCAGCCUGUGCUGCUGGGACUCUCGCACGGCCGAGAGGAAAAACCUGUUGUCUCUGGGACACAACAACAUUGUGCGCUGCAUCGUCCACUCACCCACCAAUCCCGGCUUCAUGACCUGCAGUGACGACUUCAGGGCCCGUUUCUGGUACCGCCGCACCACCACAGACUGAGACACAUCCCACUUCCAUGUUUCCAAUAAAUCACAGACCUUCUCUAUCUCAUGCCCCAAUGUCAACAGAGAACUAAACUGAGUGGUGGUUACCUCAGUUGCUGAUGUCAUCACUGUCUCCUGAUCUGUGGCAGCUUUAAUUUGAAAUCAUGCACUGCGGGAGUUACCUGAAUGUACUCUUCAACACAGUUUUAUCAGAUGCUCUCUGAUGGUGCUCGUUAGGCUCACAUAGGUUCCUCACAUUAAGUAAGUGUUACUUUUGCAUCUUUUCCUACAGUUUGUCUGUGGCACCUCUAGCACCGCAACUGCCCUCUGGUCAAGAGAUGUCAGUUGUUUUGCUGCACAUUACUCUCCAUGAUUAUUAACUUCAUGAUUUAACUGUGCAGUCUUUCCAUAACAGAAAUGGCUUUAGGCCUGGUUCACUCUGGAUGCGCGUCGCAGUUGUGCUGCGUCUAGCUCACAUUGUUCAUGUGUUCUUCUCCCCACACCACCAAUAUGAUUAUGACUUUAUCUCUGACAGAAAACCUCACAUGUUUUUUGUUUAC